CUCAAAGCCAAGACAAUUGACCAAGACGUCGCUGUUUGCCAAGCAUGCUGGCGGAUAUUGCCGGCUCCGUCGUAGAGCUCACUAGUACGCCGCCUUCACGAUGUCCGAGCAAAGUCAACUGCUUCUCUGCUCACUGCACAGCUUGCUAAUUGACCUCCCCUUGCAGGACGGGCUUCUGAGGGAUCGGAUCCUGAGGGUCACGACUCCUCAGAGCAGGAGGUCUUGUCAUCAUGGGCUCUCUUCAUCCUGAUCAUGCUACUCAUAGUGGCCUUCUUUACGAGCUAUAUUCUCCAGCAGAGGAAGGUCACCGCGGUGCAUGAGACCGUCAUCUCCAUCUUCGCAGGAAUGACCGUUGGCCUGAUUCUUCGGGUGACCGACGAUUCGAUCCGAGACAUUGUCAGCUUUGACUACCAGAUCUUCUUCAACCUCCUCCUCCCACCCAUCAUCCUCUCCUCGGGCUACGAGCUCCACCAAGCGAACUUCUUCCGAAACAUCGGGACGAUCUUAACCUUCGCCUUCGCCGGUACCUUCCUGUCUGCAGUCGUCAUCGGCCUCAUCCUAUGGCUCUACACUCGUAUCCCGCUGGAAGGGCUGAGCAUGAACUGGAUUGACGCCAUCUCCGUGGGCGCGACUCUCUCCGCGACGGAUCCCGUCACGAUCAUGGCCAUCUUCAACUCGUACAAGGUUGAUCCGAAGCUCUACACCAUCAUCUUUGGCGAGUCGAUCCUCAACGACGCCGUCGCCAUCGUCAUAUUCGAGUCCGCGCAGAAGGCGAAGGCAGGGGGUGGUCAUACUCUCGGGUUUUUGGGCCUCCUCUGGGCUAUCUGGAUCUUCUUGAGGGACUUCUUCGGCAGCUUGAUCAUCGGAGCUGGCGUGGGGAUCUUGACCGCUCUAGUGUUGAAACACACAUACGUCCGUCGCUAUCCCAAGAUCGAGACCUGUCUGAUCAUUCUCGUCGCCUACGCGACCUACUUUUUCUCUCAGGCCAUUCACAUGUCUGGAAUCGUGUCACUGCUAUUCUGCGGUAUCACGCUCAAGCAUUACGCAUACUUCAACAUGUCGAGGCGCACGCAGCUGACGACCAAGUAUUUGUUCCAAGUCCUCGCCCAGCUCUCCGAGAACUUCAUCUUCAUCUACCUGGGUCUCUCCCUCUUCACCGAUGACAACCUCCAGUACCAGCCGCUCCUCAUCAUGGUGACCGUAGUCGCCGUCUGCGCGGCGAGGUGGGUUGCCGUGUUCCCCCUCUCGCGGGCGAUCAACUGGUUCAUCCGCUACCGCGCCCGCCGCCGCGGGAGGGAACCGACCGGCGAGCUGCCCUACAACUACCAGGCGAUGCUGUUCUGGGCCGGCCUGCGCGGGGCCGUCGGUGUCGCCCUCGCGGCCCUGCUGACGGGAGACGACAUCAGGGCCCUCAAGGCGACGGUGCUCGUCGUGGUCGUGCUGACGGUGAUCAUCUUCGGCGGCACCACGGCGCGCAUGCUCGAGAUCCUCGAGAUCCGCACUGGCGUUGUCGACGAGAUCGACUCGGACGACGAGUUCGACAUCGAGGCCAUCGGCGGCGGCAGCUACUACAAGCGCACCGGCGGCGGCACCGCCAUCGGCUUCGGCCCCCGCCCGACCCGCGGAUCCGCCCUCUCGCUGGGCAGCAUCCCCGCCCCCGCCGCCACGGGCCCCAGCCCCAACGGGAGGCGGCCGGGCGGCAGCCGCGACAGGCGCGCCGAUCCCAGCGGCUGGGCGUCGGGCCACCGGUCGCCCAACACGGCCGGGCGCCCCGUGAGCCUCGGCAAGAAGGGGUCGUUGGCGAGGGUCGCGACCGGAGACGACCUGGAGAGGUCGGAGCUGCUCGGGCCGUCGUCGGGCAACACGACCGACUCGGACUUUGGCAGCGAUAUCGACAUCGACACCUCAGACCUGCCGCCGCCGGCCCCGCGCCGGCGGUCCACCACCCCACUGUCGCGCAGUGGUGUUGGUGGUGGUGUUGGUGGCGAUGACGUCGCCGACGUCAACGCCAGCAGUCCCCUCUCGGGAGGCGACGGGCAGCCCAUCACGGCCACGGCGGCCAUCCGCCAGCUGUUCCGCACCGAGGACCCGUCUGCGCUGUUCAGGCAGCUGGACGAGGACUAUAUCAAGCCGAAGCUUCUGCUUGAGGGGAGGAACGGGAACGGGAACGGCGGGGAGGGUCCGAGUUGAUUUUUUCUUCCCUUUCCUUUCCGUCUCUGUUGGGCUUGUAGAGAUCGCUGUAUUAGAUCUUUUUUUUCCCCCUCUUCUCUUUUCCAUCUUGGCCUCGAAAUGUUCCUGCGGCGUGAGAACUAAUCCAGCCUGUUCUCUGCUUGGCUCCCCGCGGUUUAUGCUGUGUACGUCAUCAGGGGCUCGGAAAAGGUACCUAGGGGUCAUAAGCGGCGUUUUCCCCUUUAAUGACGGGUCGAGAUACUGGGGAUGAGCGACGUAUGUAUGU